AUGGGGAGCGUCAGCAGCCUGAUCAACGGCAAUAGCCUCAACACGAAACACUGCCGGGCGUCGGAGUACAGGAUCAGAAAGGGAACCGACCAUCACAGAAAGAGUGGCGGUUGCAGCCUCGACGGUUUACUGAACUGUGGUUUCACUCAGGGCUCCUCGUCCGUGGCUCAUUCCUCCAAAGGCCUCACCCACUCCCGCUCAGGACGGAGUGAAGAUUUCUUUUACAUCAAGGUGAGCAAUAAAACGAGGUCAGCCAAUCACCGAGUAGGAUCGAUGGAGGACAAAGGGAACAGAGAUGGGGAGUCAGACGGGCGACUGCAACCAAAGCUGCUGCUCAUGUCGAGGAAAAUGAAUGAGGCGACCACUGCUGAGAAGUCAUUGGUCCGUUCCACUGCCUUCAAGCCUGUGCCUCCCAAGAGUGCAUCCUCCACCGAGACAGGUCACAGCAGCCUGGACCGCAUCCUUUGUCCUCUGGAGAAACCAAGGAGUUCAGACUUUAGACACAACACCUUUUCAGGGACUCUGUCAGACUCCGGACGGAACUCUAUGUCCAGCCUCCCCACCCACAGCACCAGCGGCAGCCUAAGUGCUUCCACAGGCCCUGUCAGUCACAGUGAUGGCAGCUCAGCUCCUGCAAAUAGUCUCGGCAAGGCAGCACAACCCAGUUUGCCUUCAUGGGUCAAGGGGAAUAGCACUAACCUUGAACCUAGCCACAGGACUCUUUUAAACACUGAUGGCUUUGCAACUAAGGCUAAUGGGGAUGCCGGCUCCCCAUUUUCCGUAGAUAAGUCAAGCCCUCUCUCUGGAACAGCGGGUGGGAUUCGAUCUCCCAUUACCACAGAUGAGUCGCUGAUUGAACGUUUGGAACAAAGGCUGUUGGAGAGAGAGACUGAACUGCAGGACCUACAGGGGAGUUUUGAGGAGAAGGAAGCAGACACCUGCCAGCUCUUUGAUGAGAGACAGAGGUACUGUUCCGAGGAGAUGGAGGGGCUGAAGCAGCGAUGCUCCACAAAGUUACGACAAGUGUCGCAAAUGGCUGCAAAAACCCAGCAAGCGCUCCUGCUGCAGGUCAGCCAGCUCCAGGCAGAGAAGGAGAGGCUCCAGGACGACGUUUCAAAAUUGACCCGGGAGAAGGAUCUCAUCAAGCUCAGGCUGAGAUCUUACGAGGUCGAGAGCACACAGUUGGCGCCGACACUCGAGGAAACUCAGUGGGAGGUUUGCCAGAAGACAGGAGAGAUCUCCCUGUUGAAGCUGCAGCUGAGAGACAGCCAAGCGGACGUCAACACCAGGCUAAACGAGAUAGUCAGCCUCAGGGCGUCACUGAAGGAGAACGCAGUGAAGAUGGAGAUGCUUGAGAAACAGAAUAAAGACCACGAAGAAAAACUGCGCUCCCGCACUAUAGAGGCCGAGGUUUGCCAAAAUGAACUCCAACGCAAGAAGAACGAGGCUGAUCUGCUGAGGGAGAAAGUGGGCAAACUCGAGAAAGACAUUCAGGAAAUGAAAAAGGAUCUGGUUGUGGCCAAAGAGGAGAGGCUGCAACACAGUUUGAACCUUGAGGCCAAUGCCCAGACUCAGGAAAAACUAAUCAAAGGCUCAGACUCCCCUACCCACGGCGGGGGUGAGGAGAACAGGGAAGACACCUCCACAGAGUCACUCCAGACAGAAGUGGGGCGACUGAAGCUGCAGCUCAGGGAGGAGCAGGACGCUCAGGAAAGGCUGGCGAACACCUUUGAACAGGAGAGGCAGACCUGGAACAAGGAGAAGGACAGAGUCAUCAAGUACCAGAAGCAGCUCCAGAUCAACUACCUGCAGAUGCACAGGAAGAACCAGGACCUGGAGAGGAUCCUGAAGGAGCUGACCACUGAACUGGAGAGCCGGACGGAGCUGGGAAUGGACAUCUACAGCUCAGGGUUACAAACAUACGAAGACGUUAUUGCCACAGAGAUUUGA